AAGCCAUUCAUGCAAUAUUGGUUUAUAGCCAAAGUGCGGAAGAACUUUUGAAACGCAGGAAAGUCUGUCGAGAAAUAAUUUUUAAGUAUUUGGCAGCACAAGAAAUUCCAGUGCCUCCUUCCUCUGAGAAGCAUCUACUCAUUGAUCGUGUAAAGCAGUACUGGAGUGGGCAGCUUACAACACGUGCCUCAGAGUCAAGGGAGAGAAAACCGCACACAGAGAGUCAUGAAGAGAGACACAAGUCACCACAAGAUGACAUUCGUAAUCUAGGAGAAGUAUUCUGUCAAUGGUUCUUUGAACUCCUGAACUCUCAACAUCCCUUGGCAGUGAAAUCGGAAGAAAGAUGGGGACCACAGCAUUUUUGGGAGGAUGCUAAAAUGAAGUUCUGUUAUAACACGUUAGAAAGAAACAUGGAAGAAUAUAUUGGUGCAGAAAUGGUGAGCCUUCGUCUGCUUGCGUUGGUUAAAGAAGAAUAUCUUCUAUUCAACCCUAAUUUGAAUGCCAAUGGACUGAAAUGUUCCAUGUCUCCACAUGGGUUAGUACUGGUAGCCGUGGCUGGCACAGUACAUAGAGACAACGCUUGUUUGGGCAUCUUUGAACAGAUUUUUGGACUCAUUAGCUGUCCUGCUAGGGAGACUACAUGGAAAAUAAAAGUUGUGAAUCUUAAAAUAGUCGGACAGAAUGCUCUGAAACCUGGGAUGCAAAUUGAAAAGCCCUCCCUAAAUUAUGAGUCAAACCAACUGCAAGAGUUGUAUGAUGGGAAAGAACUGACUGUGUUUGAACAGAAAUUCUGA